CCAACUCCCGUCUUUCCUCCAUACCCAGCACUUCGCUUUCAAUCAAACGAUCUGCCCACCAUGUCUCUCCUCGGAAAGAAGUUCCCCACCCCCGUUGCCAAGCCUCUGGGCCCCUUCUUCGCUGCCGGUCUGGUCAUCCUCUACGGCGUCAACUCUUUCGCCAACGUCAUGAUGUCGACCGCCGAGUUCAAGAACGACCCCCGCAACCCCAACCUCAAGAACCAGAAGCAUUAAAUUAGCUCUGGGUGAAUUUCCGAGCACGCGGAUAUGGCGGAUGAAUGCGUGGCUGUUGUGGGUAGUUUGAGAGCCCCUGUUGCUGCGGGUUCGCCGGUCAUUCGAGUUUGCGGGCAUUUACUGUGUAUAAGCUUAUAGAAGAUACCGUCAUACGACAUUUGCCGAAUUGAUAUGUUGUAUACCUA